AUGGCGAAUUCUGCAUCUGGAGAUUGCGUUGAUUUUGAUCGCGAUUGCGAGCGUGUGUUUCCUUCUGGACUUCGUUUCGUUGAUUCGUUUGUGCAACAAUUGGAAAAAAAUGAUGAUAUUAUGUAUUUAGAAGCAGAACAGUCUGAAUUAAAGGAUAAAGAAUUUAAAUCUGAAGAUGAAGCUUUCGAAGCGUAUAAUGAAUAUGCUUUUAGGAAAGGUUUUGGAAUUCGAAUUGGGAAGAGUAAGAGAAGAAGAGAUGAUUCUUUUUUGAUGAAAAGAUUUGUUUGUUGUAAUGAGGGAUUCAAAGAUAAUAAGUGUAAGAAUAAAAGGAUUUAUGAGAAGUUGGAUCAUCGAACUGGUUGUUUAGCUUUUGUGCAGUUUCAUAUUGAUCAUUUAGGGGUCUAUACAUGUACAAGACAUGAAAUGGUUCAUAAUCAUGCUAUGAUUCCUCCUGAAAAAAGGCAUUUGAUAAGGUCUCAAAGAGAUGUGAAUAAAGAGCAGCUUCUUUUCAUUUCAACAAUGAAAUUGAGUGGAGUCAAAGUUACUGAUUCUUUGAGGGUUCUAAAGAAGGAGGUUGGGGGAUCUCCUAAUCUUUGUUUUACUGCUUCUGAUGCUUAUAAUGCAUUGUCAUCUGAAAAAGCUGCCCAAAUUGAAGGAUGUGAUGGUAACCAAUUGAUUAAAUAUUUUGCCAAGAGACAUGUGGAUGAGACAGAUUUUUAUUAUGAUUUUGAACAAGAUGAUAGUGGUGCUUUAGUUAGUUUUUUUUGGCGUGAUGGUAGGAUGAUGAGAGAUUAUCAUUACUUUGGAGAUUUGUUGGUUUUUGAUACAACUUAUAGAACUAAUAAAUAUGGAAUGAUAUGUGCUCCAUUUGUUGGGAUGAACCAUCAUGGUAACAAUGUCAUGUUUGGUAUGGGUUUUAUUCUUAAUGAGCGCACCGAGUCUUUUGAUUGGUUGUUUGAUACAUUUUUGCACUCAAUGGGGAGGAAAAGUCCCAUUACAAUUAUGACUGAUCAAGCACAAGCGAUUGCAGCGGGUAUAAGAAACAUUUUUCCUUCAACUGUUCAUCAUCGUUUAUGUGUAUGGCAUCUUGAACAAAAUUCUAAGAAACACAUUGUAGCAUUGAGAGCUUUGGAAGGCUUUACAGAUUUGUUUGGAUAUCUUUUGAAGUAUUGUGAAACUCCUGCUGAAUUUGAAUAUUUCUGGAAAAGGAUGUGUGAUAAAUACAAAUGUGAAAAUGAUGAUUGGUUAUGUGAUUUGUAUAAAAUAAAGGAAAUGUGGUGUCCUGCUUAUUCUAAGAAGUAUUGGUCUGGUGGUAUAUUGUCUUCUCAACGUAGUGAAACUACUAAUAAGUCAGUUUCACAACGUCUUAAUAAGACUCAAGGUUUAUGUGAUUUUUAUCAUGUUUUUCUUGAUGUCAUUUCUGAGUGGAGAAGUAAGGAAGGUGCAAGAGAUUACAAUACUCUGAGGGGUAAUAGGCACCUAGCUUUUGCUAAUAUUGGUAUAUUAGAUCAUGCAAGAUCAUUGUACACUAUUCAAGCUUAUGUUCUUUUUGAAGAGGAGUUCAUUAGGGGGACAGCUUAUGAUCAUGUUGAUAAUGGUUUGCGUUUUCCAGAAUAUUCAUAUCUUCUUUGGAGGCCUGGGAAGGAUAUAAUUAAGCAUGAAGUUGUUUUUAAUAAGGAAACACAUGCAAUUUGUUGCACAUGCAUGUACUUUAGUGAGACUGGUUUACUUUGUUCUCAUUCUCUUCGAGUAUAUCAUUUGCAUUGUGUGCGUAAUAUUCCACAAGAGUAUAUAAUGAAACGAUGGACAAAGGCUGCCAUGUGUAGUCAUGGUAUUGAAGAACCUACUUUGAGGACAAAUGUUGUGGCUACUAGUGUUUGGAGGUCACAAACAAUCAGAAAGUUUGUUAAGUUGAUAACAAGUUGUCAGAAUUCUUUGAAUGCAAGGGCAGAGGUUGAGUGUUAUUUCAAUCUGUUAAAAGAAAAGGUUGAGAGUGUAUCAGGUGUAAUUGACUUUAGUGAACCUGUUAAAGAGGUUGAAAUUGUUGAUCUUGAGAUCAAGAAUCCUCUAAAAGCUAGGCCUAAAGGUGAGAGGAAUGUAAGGCCUAAGAGUACCUUGGAGAAGCAGUGUAACAAGGCAAAGGGUAAUUUCAAGAGGAAAAAGUCUUUGUACACUCCUUACAAAAGGGGUAUAGGGCAAGCAGUUGUACAGGAACUUGAUGAGAACGGUUGUGCUGUUACUUAUGCUAAUUCUAUUAGUGAUCCCAUUGAAUUGAUUGUUUUGAGCAAUAAACGGGCUCAGGUCGGCUUAAAAUCAGCUGUUGUAGAAGAAAUUCCUUCUAGUUCUAAGGAAUCAAAUCAUAGUAUUUCCAAUGAUUUUGAUCAGGCUACUGGUGAAAGCUCUCUUUCAUCUAUCAUAUCUAUUGAUGUUGAUAUUUCAUCUAUUGCUAAGGCGAAGGAUUUAAAUCUUGAAGGUGUUUCUGCUGUUCAACCUUGUUCUAAUUUUGGUGCAAAUAAAGGUGCUUCUGGUGUUAAAACUUACUCUCAAAUUAAUCCAAGAGUUCCAAUUCAUACUAGUGCGUCAACAAAAUCUCCUGUUGUUAUUCAACCUACUGUUCCCAGGAAUGUUCAAAAUCAAACUCAGAAUUGUUCAAACACCAAUCCAGAAAUGAUCAUAUCCAACUCCAGGAAUGUUCAAUCAACAAAUGUUCAAGUUAUUUCUCCUACGGUUCAAAUAAAUGAUCAAGGAUUUCCUGUUCAGAAUGUUCAAGUUACUCCUCCACAGUUCAAAGAAAUGAUCAAGGUGCUCGUGUUCCAAUUCUUCAAUCAAGAAAUGUUCAAUUAGGUUCUAAAAAGAUUUCUUCUAAAUAUGAUAAGUUGUUAGCCUUUUUUGAUACAAGUGUAGCUAAACGUUUGGCUAAUAAAGAUAAAUAAUUAGUAUUCCAGAACUUUAUAAA